CUUUUUGCAAGACGAACAUCGGCAUUGAAAUUUUCAGAGUUAAAGUUCUGCCUGUAUGUUUUAUUCAUUUUAUUAUGAUUUCAAUCGCGUUUAUUACAUUACUAUCGGUCAUUUUCUCCAAUUCAUUGGCCACCGACGAAUCAGUCACUGAAAAGGUACCCGCACCUCAGAGUGAUCAGAAUGAUUGGUUCGCGAAUCUUCCAACGUUUGGUUGGUUAUACAAUCAACAAGCACCCAAACCUUCCGAAGUAGAAUCAAAUCCAAAAGAUGAAUCUCAUUCUAUCAAACCAGACCUUACUGUUGUUCAAAACGAUGAACCAAAAAUCGAAGUCGAUGAGAACUACUCUCCUGAUGAACAUGAACCUGUGAAGAAGGUCGAUGAUAUUUUGAAAAUGAUUGAGGUAUCCAGCAAUGAAGAAAAAGAGAAAUGUUUGCCUUUCUUGGAGAAAUUUGAGAACACGCUAACCCAUGAGCCAGCUAGAUAUGCCAAAAUCCUUUACAAAAACAUGCAGCAUAUAGUCGAUAUGGGAUUAUUUAACAGCAGUCAGAGAAAACGAGAAGCAGAAAAAGUGAAAUCAUUUUAUGAAAAAUUGAUAGAUUUUUUAAAAGGGAUAUGGGACGCCAUUUACAACUUUUUCGCCGGUAGAAUCGAAGCUGGAAAAAGAGGGGCUCAGAUGGGAUGGGCUGAAUAUGAAAGAAGAAAAGAAAAAGAUCUGCGCACAUACAGUGAAGAAGAUGCAUUGAAAAAAUUGGAACACUUGGAAAAAGAAUACAAAACCAUGAAUAAAGAAGAGCUCAUCAAAGACACUACCAGUUUGUGCAUGCAAGCCCUCUAUACAGUAAACACAUACGAAAGAAUCGUACGAUUUUUGGAAGUACUAAAAAAAGAAGAAAUCGUGGAUAAACACAAACUUGAUAAGGCUUUCGAUUAUGUGGAUUAUAAAGGAGAUUUCGCCCGAAAACAUAAUAUUCAGGAGAUUAAAAAAGAUGAAAAACAUGAAAAAGAACAUGGGCAUGAACAUGAACAUGUGCAUGAGCAUGUCGAACACGUUGAAGCCCCUAAAGCUGGUGAAGAACACAAGAAGGAUUAAAUCUAGAUGUUGGAAUCUCAUUUCUAACCUAGCAUCUGUAUCAAUAAGGAAAAUUUAUUUUAAGCUAAGCUCGAAUAAAUUAAUUUACAUUAUAUUA